GGUCUCUCGUCCGAACCGAGUCUCACCCUACGCGGCGGAAAGCAGUGCUCUUUGACUUGCAUCGUCUAGCUACUUCUGUCAUCUUCUACCAGCCGCAGCUCCGAGGGCUGGAGGUUGGUCCAGUUAUUCACCUGGUUCUGAAGGCUGAUGGGAUUUCGUGGUUGUCUCCAUCCCUGAGGCUACGUAGACGCCCUUCCGGGAGCACAUAUCCAGUGUCCUCUGGGGAGCAGUAGAGCUGACUUCAGGACUGACUGAUCAUGACUUCCAUAAAGGAACAGGCAGCAAUCAGCAGGCUCUUAAGUUUUUUACAGGAUUGGGACAACGCUGGCAAAGUCACAAGGAGUCACAUCCUUGACAAUUUCAUUGAAACCAACCAAGGCAAGACUGCCCCUGAAUUGGAGCAGGAGUUUUCCCAGGGAGCCAGCUUGUUCCUGGUACGCUUGACCACCUCACUUAGAAUCACCUAUAUGACUGGCUCGUGUUUAGAAAAGCUUCUAAGGUCCAUUGGUAUCUUCUUAUCAGCUGUAAGCAGUAAUCGGUACCUUAUAGAAUUUCUUGAGGUUGGAGGUGUCCUAACACUCUUGGAAAUACUUGGGCUGGAGAAGAUCAAAGAGGAGGACAAGAAGGAAUCUAUCAAGCUACUUCAGGUUAUUGCAAACUACGGCAGGAAGUACAAGGAGCUCAUUUGUGAAAGUUAUGGUGUACGAUCCAUUGCAGAAUUUUUGGCAAAGUCUAAGUCAGAAGAGACCCAGGAAGAAGUGCAGGUUCUGUUGGACUCUUUGGUCCAUGGUAACCCCAAGUACCAGAAUCAAGUGUAUAAAGGUCUAAUAGCUUUGCUGCCCUGUGCAUCCCCCAAAGCCCAGCAGCUAUCCCUGCAGACCCUCAGGAGUGCCCAGUCGAUCAUCAGAACCACACAUCCCAGCAUCGUGGACUGUGUGCUGAAGGUAUUGGGCACCAUGCACCUGGAAGUCCAGUAUGAAGCCAUCGAACUCAUCAAGGACCUGGUCAACUACGACGUGCGCGUGUCGCUGCUCAAGGGCCUCGUGGCGCUACUGAUACCGUCCGUCAAGGAGACCUCCAGACUGCAGGCCAAGAUCCUCAACGACUCCUCUGUCCUCCCGCUCACCGCCCCCCUGCCCGUGUUCUUGCAGCAGGCCGCGGCCGCCAAGGCCAUCGGGUAA